UUCACCAAAUUUUGUCUUUAAAACGAAUAUAUACAUAUAUAUAUGUAUAUAUAUAUAUGUAUGUAUGCAUGCAUGUAUGUAUGUAUGUAUGUAUGUAUAUAAAGAAAGCCAUUGGAGAAAGACAUCGCUUACAGACGACACUACAAACGACAGUAUCAAGAUUGAAAAUAGAAUUUCUAGCUUCAAACUUUAAAAAUGUCUGCAUUUUUGCUGUUGACUCUGGUACUGACGCUCGUUAACCCGAGUUAUGUUACCUUGGCAAGACGUAAUUCCUGCCGCUACGAAGACACAAUAUGUGAGUUUAGUUUAACCGUUACUCACAAACUACCGAUGACCUAUCAUCGCUAUCCAGUCGAACUUAACGACGGCAAACUGUAUUAUUUCCACAAAUAUAAACAUUACCUCGAUGCUGAUGAUGUAUUAACGAUGGAUGGUUAUGAUGAACAAUGGUUAGCAAUCACUGUAAAUGAAACUAUCCCAGGCCCUACUAUUGAAGUUUACAUCAACCAGACUGUCAUCAUAAAAGUCACAAAUGAAUUGUGGUCCACUGCUACUAGCUUACAUUGGCAUGGAAUUGACCAGGUAGGAUCUCCAUUUAUGGAUGGUGUCAGCUUUGUUACCCAGUGUCCAAUACAACCAAGUGAGUCGUUCAUUUACAUAUUCAAUGCCACUAAGACAGGUACAUAUUUCUACCAUUCUCAUAUCGGAUUACAAAGGAUAAUGGGACUUUAUGGAGCGCUUAUUGUACGGGAUAAACCUCCCAUUAUUCAGGAGAAGGUUUUAAUAAUUAGUGAAUACAAUCAUUUUUGGAAUGCGAAUAAAGCAUGGAUGAAAACAAACUAUUUCGAUGCAUUACAUGGGAAAAUAAUGCCUGAUCUAAGAACAUAUGAUGGAACAUAUUUAGGAGCCUUUCUGUAUACAUCUGGAUUAGUAAACGGUAGAGGACGAUAUUAUAACAAACGUGGACAUCACAAUGGGGCACCAUUAUCAAGAUUUAACGUUCAACAAGAUCAAAUGUAUCGAUUCCGAGUUAUUUCUGCGGCCAGUGAAUUGGCUUUUGAAUUUUCAAUUGAUUCCCAUCCCCUUCAGAUUGUAGCGUCUGACGGAGCAGAUUUGAAAGGAUCUUUUUACGAUUCUGUUAUCAUACAGCCAGGAGAACGAUAUGAUUUCUUCAUAACAACUAACAAAGACAUAAAAAAUUAUUGGAUUCGAGGUAAAACGUUAACAGAAAACCUAAAUCAAACAUUCGAAGCAAUAUUAUCAUACGAAGGAGCCUCAGAUACAGACCCGACCAGCAGAAGCAAAAACUGUAGUCAUACAGUCUGUGAUGUCCUCAACUGUCCAUUUAUGUAUUUUCCAGUGAAAUAUAAUAAACGAUGCCAUUCCAUUUCUGGUCUCCAUUCGCCUAAAGUUCAAAAUGUACCAAAAUAUGAAGAGCACCAUUGGGAAGAAUAUUUUCUUAAUUUCGCUUUUCCUGAUGGUAGAGCUUCCGUGAAUGGACGACAGUUUCUUUAUCCUCAUGUCAACGCAUUGCUCCAACCAAAUGAAAUAAAAACAUUGUGCAAAGAAACUGAAUGUGGUCCUGGAAAAACUUGCGCAUGCACGCAUUCAAUAACGUUAUCAAAGGGUAGUAAUGUUCAAUUAGUUUUAACAAAUAUGCGCAGACUUUAUGGAAUUUCUCACCCUAUACAUUUACACGGUCAUUCUUUUCAUGUGGUGAAAAUUGGUUUUCCUACUUAUAACAAAACAACAGGAGAGAUAAUUUCAAUUAAUAAGGAUAUCAUGUGUUACGGUGACACGGAUUAUACAUAUUGUAAUAAACCAGGCUGGCGAAAUAAGACUUGGAAAGGAGACAAUAUACCCGGAUUAAAUUUAGUAAACCCUCCCUUAAAGGAUACUAUAACAUUACCCUCGGGUGGGUACGUUGUUGUCAGACUGAAAGCCAAUAAUCCUGGCUUAUGGUUUAUGCAUUGCCACAUGGCAUUUCAUACUUUUGAAGGAAUGGCUCUGCUAGUAAACGAGUCAUUUACAGACAUACCGACUUCGAAAUAUUCCUUGCCUAAAUGUCAAAGCGUAAAUUUACAUGGACAUUUUUUUUCUAAAGGGACAAAUUAAAUACUUUCGAAAAACAGUGAUAGCCUUUGAAGAGCAUAUACUAAUAUAUGAUAGAGAGUGUGUGUGAGAGAGAGGGAGAGAGAGGGAGAGAGAGAG